AUGCUGGGGAGACAGCUCGCCUGUUGGCACCUGCUGGCUUUGCUUUUCCUCCCAUUUUGCCUGUGUCAAGAUGAAUACAUGGAGGUGAGCGGAAGAGCUAAUAACGUGGUGGCCAGGAUAGUGCAAAGUCACCACCAGACUGGCCGUAGCGGCACCAGGAGGGAGAAAGUGAGAGAGCGGAGCCCUCCUAAAAGUGGGACUGUGGAUAAUAACACUUCUACAGACCUAAAAUCCCUGAGACCAGAUGAGCUACCGCACCCCGAGGUAGAUGACCUAGCCCAGAUCACCCCAUUCUGGGGCCAGUCUCCACAAACUGGAGGGAUGCCCCCAGACUGCAGCAAGUGUUGCCAUGGAGACUACAGCUUCCGAGGCUACCAAGGGCCCCCCGGUCCUCCUGGACCCCCUGGCAUUCCAGGAAAUCAUGGAAACAAUGGGAAUAACGGAGCCACUGGCCAUGAGGGGGCCAAAGGUGAGAAAGGAGACAAAGGUGACCUGGGCCCACGCGGUGAACGGGGGCAGCACGGUCCCAAAGGAGAGAAGGGCUACCCAGGGGUUCCGCCGGAGCUGCAGAUUGCGUUCAUGGCUUCUCUGGCAACGCACUUCAGCAAUCAGAACAGUGGGAUUAUCUUCAGCAGCGUGGAGACCAACAUCGGGAAUUUCUUUGAUGUCAUGACUGGUAGAUUUGGGGCCCCGGUAUCAGGUGUGUAUUUCUUCACCUUCAGCAUGAUGAAGCAUGAGGAUGUUGAGGAAGUGUAUGUGUACCUCAUGCACAAUGGCAAUACUGUCUUCAGCAUGUACAGCUAUGAAACAAAGGGGAAAUCAGACACAUCCAGCAACCACGCAGUACUGAAGCUGUCCAAAGGGGAUGAAGUGUGGCUAAGGAUGGGCAAUGGCGCUCUUCACGGGGACCACCAACGUUUCUCCACCUUUGCUGGUUUCCUGCUCUUUGAAACCAAAUGA